UUCACCUCGUCUUAUUCCUUUCGUCCCCACGAUUCUUACGCCCCCCACAAAACCCCCCUCCCACCUCGCCUCGCCUCGCCUCGCCGCGUGGCUGCCGGCUUAGGGUUCCGCUGCCCAUGUCGUCGCCGGCGUCGCAGCCGCCGUCCGCGCCCCCCGCCGCCCCCGUCUCCGCGACCCCCAUCUCGGUGCAGCCGCCGGCCCCUAUCCAGCCGAAACCGCCGCCGCCGCAGCCGCAGCCGCCGGGUGCUUCCGCCGCCCCGCCGACGCUGACGCCGGCGCAGCUCCUGAAUCUGGGUCCCCAGCCGCCGCUGUACCGGGGCCCGAUCUGCUGGAACUCGUACUGCAAGGACCCCGACCCCAACUCCUUCGGCCGCCGCGGCUGGAAGGUCCGCUCGGGCCCGCCCUUCUCCGUGUACGCGGACCUCUGCGGGAGAUGCUAUUCGCAGUUUGAGCAGGGGAUAUACUGCGAGACUUUUCACUCGGAGGAGGGCGGCUGGAGGAACUGCGAAUCCUGCGGGAGGAGGGUGCAUUGCGGGUGCAUCGUGUCUAUCCACAAGUAUCAGCUGCGCGACGCUGGCGGGGUUGACUGCUCCAAGUGUGCUCGCAAUACCCGUGCUGCCAUGGCACCACCAAAUCCAGUAUGGUCAUCUGCUAUGCAUACGACUCAGAAUGUUGCUGACAGAAAAGACAAUCCUGUAAAGAGCUGGAGACCUCCUGCCGGGCAAAUUUCAAGUCAGUGGCGACAGACAAAUCUGUGGAGUGUGUCCAGUAUACAGUCAGACCUGCAGCAGCGCCUAGCUUAUGAGUUUGAUAGGCCUAGUGGUAGUGAGAAAUUACUUCCAGGGCGCACUUUUAUUCAUGCUCAGGAAAGGAAAUUUGAUGACAUGCAUGACAGACCAACAACACCUGCAGGCAUGAACCAGAUUAUGAGGGAGAGAGAUGCCAAUGGGCACGGUCAGCCCACUAAUCUUGACCCAGCAUACUCUUAUGCCCUCUACCACAGAGACGGACCACAUCCAAAUAGUCUUCAUGAUCCUAGUCACCAUGGAGGAGAAAAUGACUCUUUGUCUUCAAGAAAAGUGGCGAUUCCAGAUGCUUCUACAGGUGUUGAUGCUGGCUUCAAGCUUGAUUCACAUCAUACAGCCAUAUUAAGGGAUGAUCCAUCAUCCCUUUCAGUUGGAUUGCCUUCUAAUUUUGCAUCAUCGAACGGACCGAAAGACCAUAUCAGAAUUGCACCUAGUCAGCAGCAAACACAAAUGGCUUCCUCCUCAUUGCAGAAACAGUUCUAUUCUCACUCUGUGAGUGGUUAUAAUGAAUUCCAAGCACAAUUGCGUAAUGGAAGACCCAGAAUGGAUGCAAAGGCGCGAUCUCAAUUACUUCCCCGCUAUUGGCCUAGAAUAACAGAUCAAGAGCUACAACAUUUAUCUGGAGAGUAUCCAACUUCAAAUUCUGUUAUUACUCCUUUGUUUGAAAAAAUGUUGAGUGCUAGUGAUGCUGGCCGGAUUGGUCGCUUGGUGUUACCGAAGAAGUGUGCUGAGGCAUACUUCCCUCCAAUCUCCCAGCCUGAAGGACUACCCUUAAAGGUUCAGGAUGCCAGUGGUAAAGAAUGGAUAUUCCAAUUCCGUUUCUGGCCUAAUAAUAACAGCAGGAUGUAUGUAUUGGAGGGUGUCACACCUUGCAUUCAGUCAAUGCAGUUACAAGCAGGCGAUACAGUAACCUUCAGCCGAACAGAUCCAGAAGGGAAAUUGAUCAUGGGGUUCAGGAAGGCAACAAAUCUUUCUUCCGAACAGGAGGAAACAACAAAGCCUGUCAAUGGUGCCCCAAUAUCUUCAGAGGCAAAUGGUAAAGUUUCUGCUCCAGAUUCCAGUCCAAACGCUGUAGUUUCCCGACAAAAUAAGGUCAACACAGAGAGCAAAAGCUCUAGCCCUGUGGAACAAGCCACUGCCUCUAAAGUGGACACAGGCGGAUUAGCACAGAAGGAAGGGCCAGGAACUGGUCAGUCUUCCCCAGGACCUGUCAAGAGAAAAGCAACUUCUGUUAGUCAAAAGAUUAAACGACUGCGGAUGGAUAAUGAGGAAUCAAUGGAAUUGAAGAUAACAUGGGAGGAAGCUCAAGAAUUGCUUCGUCCUCCUCCCAAGGCCCCCUCCAUUGUUGUUGUUGAUGGCCAUGAGUUCGAGGAAUAUGAGGAACCACCUAUACUUGGGAGGAAGACAUAUUUUGUGACAGACCAAUCAGGUGCGAAUAAUCAAUGGGCCCAGUGUGAGGAUUGUUCCAAAUGGCGGAAACUGCCAGUAGAUGCACUUUUGCCCUCUAGGUGGACCUGCUCCGACAACAAAUGGGAUCCGGAAAGAUCUUCUUGCGGACCUGCGCAAGAGAUAAGUAUGGAGGAGCUUGCAGAAUUGAUACCUAUAAAAGCUGGUCUAGGUGGCACAAAAAAGUCCAAAACGAGAAUCGAAGCUGACACAAUUGAUGCUUCAGACGGGCUGGACACGCUUGCAAACCUUGCUAUUCUUGGUGAAGGUGAAGCUCUCCCUUCCCAGCCAACCACAAGACAUCCCCGCCAUCGUCCUGGCUGCUCAUGCAUUGUCUGCAUUCAACCACCAAGUGGGAAGGGCCCUAAGCACAAGCAGACAUGCACCUGCAAUGUCUGUAUGACGGUCCGUCGCCGUUUCAGAACACUCAUGCUUCGACGCGAGAAGCGCCAACCUAAGGAUACUGAUUCACCUCGCAAGAAAGAACCAGGCCAAGCCAGUGAGAUGCUUUCACAAACUGUAUCUGGCCCACUAGCGGCCAGUGCCAGUGCAACUAGCUCCCCUCAGAAAGCAAAUGUAAAUGCCGAUGGGACUGAAGACAUGGCUGUUGAUCAUAAGACGACAUCCUCUCCUGUCAAGAACCAUAUUGACCUGAACAUUCAGCCUGAACGGGACGACGAGCAGUCACCGAAAUCUGACGCAGCUGGUGCAGCAAGACUCCUCCGAGACAAUCCGACUUAGGAUGGCUUGCUCGAACAGGUGUGACCAUACUGGUGAAAGUGGCGAUAGAUAUCUGAUGGAACAUAUCCUUUCGAAAUGUCUAUACCAAUGAAGAAAAUCAGUCAUGCGGAGUUGUAGCUUAGAUGUUACCUUUCCAUACCAAAGAUCCGGUUUCCUUCUGUGGAGCAGACUCAAUCUUUAUGUUGUCGUGUAUACCAUAGAUCAGGCGGUUGGUGUUUAGGCUGUAGGUGUUGUGUGGGGCGUUGCAUACUCUGUAUGUAUUGUAAGACCAGCGCUUCUGGGCUGCGUGAAUCGGGGAAAUUAUUCAUGUAUGUAUCUAGUCCAGUCCAUCCCUUUGAUAUGGAAGGAUUAUGCCGUUUCUUCCAGGGACGGCUGGCGCUCCCCUGUUGGUAUGCUGUCCCUGUUCAGCAUAACUGCGUUGCUGUAUCUCUCACA